UCUCCCUGAAGAAGCGUAAGAGGGACCGGAUUGUUAUCGCUGGCCCAGUGUUCCCGGAGCUUGUGUGAGAUACAGAGAGCACCUCGGAAGCUGAGGCAGCUGGUACUUGACGGAGAGGAUGGCGCUGUCGACCAUAGUCUCCCAGAAGAAGCAGAUAAAGCGGAAGGCUCCCCGUGGCUUUCUAAAGCGAGUCUUCAAGCGACAGAAGCCUCAACUUCGUCUGGAGAAAAGUGGUGACUUACUGGUCCAUCUGAACUGCUUACUGUUUGUUCAUCGAUUAGCAGAAGAGUCCAGGACAAACGCUUGUGAGAGUAAGUGUAGAGUCAUUAACAAGGAGCAUGUACUGGCUGCAGCAAAGGUAAUUCUAAAGAAGAGCAGAGGUUAGAAGUCAAAGAAUAUAUUCUUGAAAGUUAUUAUGAUGCCUUCUUUUGGGCGGUAACAGAUCAUAAAGACUUUUUUACACAUCAAUUUGGGAUUAUUAAAUAUUGGCUAUAAGUGA